AUGAUCCGCUCAACACAAAUUGCCCGGCUGGAUGGCCUCAUGCUCUGCGCCUCCGUCGACGACGAAGCCACCGAAUCUACUCUCGGCGAAGUCAAGUCGCAAGUGAAGCUGAUCCUCCGCCGACUCACACGCACCUCGGAACCACAAGCGAGCAUCGAGAGCGGCUCGCAGUACACGCUCCACUACCUGAUCCAGUCCGACAUUGUGUACGUGGCCAUCACGGACCGCUCGUACCCGCGCAAGCUCGCCUUUACAUACCUCUCCGACAUCGCGGGCGAGUUCGCGACGACGCACACGCCGCAGCAGCUCAUGAACCCGACGCUUCGGCCUUAUGCGUUUAUGGACUUUGACAGCUUCAUUAGCCGCACCAAGGCGACGUACAGCGACACGCGCGCGACGCAGAAUUUGGAUAAGCUGCAUGAUGAGCUGAGGGACGUCACCAAGGUCAUGACGAAGAAUAUCGAGGAUUUGCUCUAUCGUGGUGAUAGCUUGGAGCGCAUGGGCGAGUUGAGCAGUCGGUUGAGGGAUGACAGUAAGAAGUAUAAGAGGGCGGCCGUCAGGAUUAAUUGGGACUUGCUGCUGAAGCAGUAUGGCCCUUUUGCUGCGGUGGGAAGCAUCAUUGUCUUCUUCUUGUGGUGGAGGUUCUUGUUUUGA